AUACCGGUAUCAUAUCAGUUAACUUAGACCGCCACCCCAACUCAACCCUCCGCCAACAGCCCUACAAUACAAAGCGCCACUUCGCAAAGAUGACGACCCCGAAAAUGGCCGGCACGACGCCAAACAUGGGCGGCGCAAUGUCCUUCUCCCCAGCUCUUCUUGGCCAAUCCCCAUCUCACCUGCUAAGCCUUAAGCACCGACCAUCAGCCUUCAACUCACCGGAUAUGGCUGGCCUGGGUGGGGUGCCGCAGAUAUCGGUGCCCGGGGACGAGAGCAAAAAGAAGGAAUUGGGCGAUAUCUUGAAGCUACUAGCUACGCGACCGGGGAGGAUAUCGGAGGAGGGGGUGGAGAGACUUUUGAAACGCAUGGGGUAUCAUCGCCCUGACACUAUCCUGGGUCGGCGUAGCUAAUAAUCAUAGUUUGGACCGCAUUAAAGAAGAUGUGAAUGGAGUUGUUAAAAUGUCACUGGCGGCUAAGAUCUUCCUACUUGACGUAUACCCACGCUAUCACAGUUGGCGGGCGAGUGGGACAGCUGACGAGAACAGAUUGAUUUCGAGGACAACAAAAUUCCGCGCGUAGAACUUGCAUUCGAGAAUACUCCAGGCCCAUCGCAAGAGCUAGCUCCCCUAGCCGCAUCUAUUCUCCAUGCUAACCUAUCACACCCGGGUAUGCGCGCCCCACUGAUAAAUCCGUCACUGGCCGAUUUCGCAGAUAACCUGGAGCGCCUGACCAGAGCCGAUCGAUUAAGCCACCCGCCAAGCUUGAAUUGUUUCACGGCUAUCACUGGCCUAUACCGAUCGCUCGAGAGGAUAUAUAACCAUGAGAAGGAGUCGCUUGAAGGGGGGAGCAUUGGCGCAAUGUGUAAAGGGAAUGGGAGACCCCAGAUGCAUGUCCGGAAGAAGGUGGGGCUCAGCAUCGAUUACUGGCGGGAGAAGCGCAUCCACAGAGGAAAUGAAGGUGAAGAGGAUGACAACGAAGAGAUAUGGAGGGUCUUGGUUGAAGUUGAGGAAAUGCCCCCGGACUUUACCAAUAUGAAUCCUAUCUCACCUGUCAGGACUUCGGAUCAUUGGGUCUCCGAUGAAAUAAAGAAGUCCAUGUACUUACCCAACUCUAUUUGUUUCAUACCCCACAGCUGACCUUUCUAGCGAUGACAACUUAUUCGGCGAGAGCGAGGACAUGGUUACGGACUGGCUGGAACCGCCAUUAGAUGGAAUUCUCGAUAUGACCGACGCCAACACUCGACCACCCUCAGCACGUUUUAUCGCUCGCCUGGAUCCACCAGUAGUAGUCCCCUUCCAAGAUGAAAUGCAACUCUUCGCCGGGUUAAUGCUCUCUCCACCUCUAAGCCCCAGUGUCAACCCCCUACAGGCAGAGCUGUUCCCGGAUGCUCCUUCUGCCUCAGGUGUUCAACGAAGACUCUAUAUUCCCAACUAUGACCCAGAGGAGGAGGAAGGCGUCCGUCACGAAUAUAAACUACACAGCCUAAAGCCAACCCUCGCACGCCCAAUCCUCGAAGUUCCCUUCUCACACCCAAAAGAGCUCGCCGGCAUAUUCUCUAUCCUAAGGCAAUUCGCGCACGUUGGUGCCUUACUCAAAAGCUGCUUUAGUCCCGUCGCUGGGAUGAUCCCGAAAACGGAGGAUUCGGCGGUGCCGUCGGAAGGUGAAGAGUUGGAUCUAGAUGCGUUCUUGGCUGACGGUGAUGACAUUGUUGAUGGAGAUGCCCGGCCAGUUCCAGUGGAUAUAAGCGUUACGGAAGGGCAGAGCGGUGCAUUGACCCUAGGGGUUAUAUUCCCGCAGAAGACCGGGCGGGGUGUGGUUGGGUGCAACUUUGAAGUGGGCAGGAAUGCCGAUGUUCGUGUGACGGAAUUGAGCGCCGAUGAUGGGAGGUUGGGCCUUGAUGCUAACGGUCUGGAAUGGGCACUUGCUAUUGGGAGCGAUUUGGGGAUUAUAGUGGAGUGGCUCAGACGGAAAAGUUGAUCCUGUAUUCCCGCUUACCUUCUUUCUUCCCUGCUCAAUACCGGUAUGCCUGCUACUCACGUGUGCCCCCCCAUCACUUUCACGGAUUGGCGUUCUUCUUGGGUACAAUUUCCAGGGACCCCAUAAUCAAGAUUACUAUCAUAAUUCCUAUUUCCCCACCUUUAUCUUUGUUUUCCCAUCCACUCCAAUCCAUUCUCCCCCUUCUGAUUAUUAGUUAACGCCCGGAUAUGCAUACCCCAUCGACUCAACCCAGCGCCCGCAAAACGCUCUGACUUCUCUUCGCAAUACCACCCCCAGAAUCAAACCCCAAACCCAUCCAUCCCCAAAAGUCUUCACCAUUGCUUCUGCAGCCCGUGCACCGGUAUCAUCCCCCCGAUGGCCUCACGGUCCAGCUCCGGGCUGGAAGUCGCGAUCUUGGCGAUCAAAUUAGGUUAUUUGUGACGCCCACACUCUUCCACGGACCCACGAACGCACGCACGAAGGCCUAGUAGGGGUGGGCGUGCUGGUGCUGGUUUGGAGCGGUAUCUUGGAGGGCUGCGCUUGCGCUAAGACGGUGAGCAGGAGGUGGAAGAAGAUGGGAGGAAACCUGGUAUUGAAUAGUGGACUUUACUUUGGCGGGGGGUAGUCGUGAUAGUGAGGGGCGCCAGUUUAUUAUAAUAUAGAUUAUUGGAAACCUCAAUUGAUCCUGUUACCAUAACUUUCCUAUCAAUCCCAAUCCCUCCUUCCCUCCCCCCAUGAUACCAUACCAAAAAAAUAUCAUAUCACAGCAAAAACCCAUCCUGCCAUCAUUUUAAAUCCCAAAAUCUCCCCGUACCACUCAAUCAAACCCAACCACCAGACCCACCCCCAACCCUCUCCAAGU